AAACAACCCCUGUUGAAUCCUGCGCCUUUCGUCCUUUUCCCCAUUUCCACUAAACCCAGAAAACCUUCAAAUCAAAACUGGAAAACCCUCUAACCAGCAAUGGUAGCUAAUCAUCUACCAGCAGUUGCAACUCCAACAGCUCUAUUUGCUAUUAGACACUCUCUGAUUCCAACUCUCCACUUCUUAUCACUAUCAUCACCUUCAACCCUUCGGAGAUUCUCCUCCUUUGCGCCGUCACAGCCACUUCUACCCUCGUUCCUAUCAAUACCACAUUCAACCACCCAUCUUUCCUCUUUCGGGUUGAAUCGGGUCCCUGCUAUGGUGGGUCAUCUUCAUCCCAAAUGCACAGCUUCGUUCAGUGGUGGGAGCAGCUCUGGAGGUAAUAAGGAAAUACUGGUGCAGCAUUUGCUUGUAAAAGAAGAUGACCUUAAACUUUUGGUGGAACUUAUGAAACGAAUUGCGCAAGGAGAGGAUCUUGCUGAGUUGGCUAUGGAACACUCAAUUUGUCCAUCCAAAGAAGAGGGGGGAAUGCUUGGUUGGGUGAGAAAGGGUCAGAUGGUACCAGAGUUUGAGGAGGCCGCUUUUAACGCACCUGUAAAUAAACUUGUAAGAUGCAAAACUAAAUUUGGAUGGCAUUUAUUACAGGUCCUUUCGGAGAGGGAAGAAGCAAUACUUCAAGACAUUCCACCAGAUGAACUGCAUGAAAAAAUGCAAGAUCCAUGUUUCUUUGAAGAGGUUCAACUGAUUGAUGUUCGAGAACCCGAAGAAGUGGCCCUCGCAUCUUUGCCAGGUUUUCAGGUUCUUCCACUCCGUCAAUUUGGAAGCUGGGGACCAGAAAUUACUACCAAGUUUGAUCCACUGAAAGAUACCUAUGUCCUGUGUCAUCAUGGCAUGCGGUCAUUGCAAAUCGCUAAGUGGUUGCAGACGCAGGGUUUUAAGAGAGUUUUCAACGUGUCCGGAGGAAUUCAUGCAUAUGCUGUCAAAGCUGAUCCUUCGGUUCCAACUUACUGAGCUGGAUUCUUUCUUUCAAACAACGAAGCGUCUUCUCGUUUUCUGGCUUUUUUCCAAACUUAUUUUAUGCUCCAUUGUCUUCAGUUUCAAUUCCUCAGUCUACAGUUUUCCAGUUCCUUUCUGACUUUUAGCAGUUUCUAGAGGAGCAAAGGAGAGAUUUGGUGUGCGCCUAAAUGUUGCAUGGAGAAGGAAAUUGUUCUGUUGUUAUAGAAUUUUGGAGACUAACGGCAAUGCCCUGCGUAAAGUUUUACCUGUGAAAGUUGAGCAUGGAGUGAAUUAAGACUAUAUUAAGUUGGUAGCAUAAGGUUACCACGGCAUUUACAGUCUAUUUUUGCA